UCCUCCCUCCUCUGCCUCGAUCUGAGUCUCCCCUCACUACACCUGCCCCGUCUACCUGCAUAGUCGCCAGCCAUGGGUGUCAUGCUGAAGAAGCCCGAGGGCGUGGCUGGUUCCACCAUGCCCGCCAUCUUGGUCGGCUUGUUCGUCGCUUUCGGUGGUGUCUUGUUCGGUUACGAUACCGGUACCAUUGGUGGUAUUCUUGGAAUGCACCACUGGCGCGAGCUCUUCAGCACCGGAUACAUCAACCCCAAGGACCACAUGCCCGAUGUCACGGCUGAGCAGACGUCCCUGAUCGUCUCCAUUCUCUCGGCUGGUACCUUUUUCGGUGCAUUGACCGCUGCCCCAACUGCCGAUCUCCUUGGUCGUCGCCUUGGCCUCGUCGCCAGCAACGUCGUCUUCUGCCUUGGUGUCAUCCUCCAGACUGCUGCCACUGCUAUCCCCAUGUUCGUUGCUGGUCGUUUCUUUGCCGGCUACGGAGUCGGUAUGAUCUCUGCCACCAUUCCUCUCUACCAAUCCGAGACCGCCCCCAAGUGGAUUCGUGGUACCAUUGUCGGUAGCUACCAACUCGCCAUCACCAUUGGUCUCUUGCUUGCCGCUAUUGUCAACAACGCUACCAAGGACAGGAGCGACACUGGCUCUUACCGCAUCCCCAUUGCCGUUCAGUUUGCCUGGGCCAUCGUCCUCUUCUUCGGCUGCAUCUUCCUUCCCGAGACUCCCCGCUGGUUCAUCAAGAAGGGUCAGCACGAAAAGGCUGCCAAGUCUCUUUCCACGCUUCGUCGUCUCAACAUUGAAGACCCGGCCCUCAUUGAGGAGCUGGCCGAGAUCACGGCCAACCACGAGUAUGAAAUGUCUCUCGGCAAGGCUACCUACGCCGACUGCUUCCGUGGCAACCUUGGUAAGCGCCUCGCCACUGGCUGUCUUCUCCAGUCCCUUCAGCAACUCACUGGUGUCAACUUCAUCUUCUACUACGGAACCUCCUUCUUCCAGAACUCUGGUAUCCGCAACCCGUUUGUUGUUUCUAUGAUUACCUCGUGUGUCAACGUCGCCUCUACCUUCCCCGGUCUCUACCUUGUCGAGAAGUGGGGUCGCCGCAACCUUCUCCUCUUUGGUGCCGUCGGUAUGGCUGUCUGCCAGUUCAUUGUUGCCAUUACCGGUACCGUUGCCGGCGUUGACAACCUGUCGGCCCAGAAGGCUCUGAUUGCCUUUGUCUGCAUCUACAUCUUCUUCUUCGCCUGCUCCUGGGGCCCGGUCGCCUGGGUUGUCACUGGUGAAAUCUUCCCCCUCAAGGUCCGCGCCAAGUCUCUCUCCAUGACCACAGCCAGCAACUGGCUCCUCAACUUCGCCAUUGGAUACUCGACCCCCUACAUGGUCAACAGUGGUCCCGGUAACGCCAAUAUGGGCGCAAAGGUCUUCUUCGUCUGGGGCGGAUGCUGCUUCAUUUGCAUCUUCUUCGUCUGGGGCAUGAUCUACGAGACCAAGGGUCUGUCUCUCGAGCAGGUCGACGAGCUCUACAGCAAGUGCUCCAAGGCCUGGCAAUCACCUGGCUUUGUUCCUUCGGUAUCUUUCCAGGACAUUCAGGACAUGCACGCCGACACUCGCCGCGCAAGCCUUACUGAGAUUGAGGCUGAUGCUACCCGCAAGAGGAGCGCUACUCACACCGAGUACCCCGAGAAGACGGUCGUCUAAGCACCACCUGUCUACUCUCAACAAACGCGAUAUGAUCUGAAGAUGUUGUUUAGGGAUAUGAUGUUGAUUGCAUGACCUUUGGUUCAUGAGGUGGCAUCAUAACGCUGUAUUCUGUAUAUACCUCUGGUGAUGAUUUAUGAGUUUUAAUGAAUUAUUAUCAACUAUGUUUUAUUCACAA